AUGCUAAUAUUACGGUUACAUAACGACCAAAAGAUAAAAGCUGCUAAAGAAAUUGAAACCCCGAAUAUUAUUAAUAUUUUUAACGAAAAAUGUAGAAUCUCCGAAGACAGGUCGAGGAGAAAUAACUUAAGGAUAGUUGGAAUUCCUGAAAAUGCAAAUGAAAGCUGGGAUGAAACAGAGGAAAAGGUUCAAAAUUUAUUAUGCAAUAAAUUAGGAGUUAAAGGAAUUGAAAUUGAAAGGGCGCAUCGAGUUGGCCCUAAAAAAGAAGCUCAAUCUCGAACCAUUAUAUUAAAAUUAUUGAGAUUCAAAGACAAAUCAAACAUCCUAAAAGAAACACAUAAACUAAAAGGACUAAGCAUCUACGUAAAUGAAGAUUUCUCGCAAGAGACGGCAAGCCUUCGUAAGAAGUUAUUUACAGAAGCGAAAAAAAGAAAAUCAAAAGAAGAAAACGUUAUUGUCAGGUAUGAUAAACUUAUUAUAUUAAAAAAAAGGUUUACAAUAAGACGAAAUGAUACUGUUAGAAAACAAUUUUAA